UCUGCUCUCAGGACUGUGAACCAAACAGACCCAACAGAGCCAUGUCCACUUUAGCUAAAGCGAUGUCCAAGUUUCGCCUGGCUGUGGUGCAGCUGCAGGUGGGGGCGGUGAAGGCUGAUAACCUGAGCCGAGCCAAGAGGCUGGUGAAGGAGGCGGCCGGGCGGGGGGGCAACCUGGUGCUGCUGCCGGAGUGUUUUAAUUCCCCGUACGGCACCAGCUUCUUCUCUCAGUACGCAGAGAGGAUCCCCGGAGAGUCCACAGAGCUGCUGUCAGAGGCAGCCCGGGAGAACCAGGUCUACCUGGUGGGAGGAUCGAUCCCUGAGGAGGACGGGGGGAAGUUAUAUAACAGCUGCAUCGUGUUCGGGCCUGAUGGGAAAAUUAUUCUGAAACACAGGAAGAUUCACCUCUUUGACAUCGACGUGCCGGGGAAAAUCCGUUUUCAGGAGUCCGAGACUCUGAGUCCAGGAGACACUUUGUCCAUGUUUGAAACACCGUUCUGUAAAGUGGGCGUGGGGAUCUGCUACGAUAUCCGCUUUGCAGAGCUGGCUCAGCUGUACAGCAGACAAGGCUGCCAGCUGCUGGUGUAUCCCGGAGCUUUCAACAUGACCACGGGUCCGGCUCACUGGGAGCUGCUGCAGAGAGCCAGGGCGGUGGAUAACCAGCUGUACGUGGCCACAGCGUCUCCUGCUCGAGACGAAUCCUCGUCAUACGUGGCCUGGGGACACAGCACUGUCGUUAACCCAUGGGGAGAAGUGAUCUCAAAGGCCGGAACAGAGGAGGAAGUCAUUUACGCCGACAUUGACCUGCAGUAUUUAGCCGACGUCAGGCAGCAGAUCCCGAUCACGGCUCAGCGUCGACACGACCUCUACUCGGUGACCUCUGUGCAGCGAGGAAACAGCUGAUCACAGAGAAGAGACGGAGACACAAACUCUGCUGCAAAUCUAACGUCUCACUGUGGAAACUAGAGAUCAAAGAGAAGAGCUCUGUUCUUAAGAUGUGAUCAUUCAGUGUGAUGGCUGGGGCUGAAAUGAGUUCAAAUAACAAACAUUUGGAUCGAUUUUGUAAGCAGAAUAUUGUAAAAGUGAACAUUUUCAUUUUAUAGCUUUUUUAAAUGUGACAAUCUGCAACAUUUAAUUCAUUUCAUUUCACUGUAAAUGAAUCAGUUUUGCCCCUUUUUUUGCGGAUGAAAUUAUGUAUUGAUUGCCACACUAGAUAUUUCAAAUGUAAAAAGAAAAUAUACUCGCGCUGUAAAAUAAAUCUAAAAAACAAA